AUGACGGGCUUACCCACCAACAGGAAAACGGUGGACGAUCUUAUUGCACUGGGGGGCGCAGAACCUCCUAUUAUGAACUCUCCGCCUUCAAAACAGGUCGUUCACGAGAUCCUAAGACUGUAUGGAGAGACAUACGUUCCGGGCCUAUCGUAUCUCUUUGAGACGCCGUGGUAUGAUUUGAAAUACGAGAAGAGCACGGCGACGAGCCAAACCAUCCAAGUGCUACUCAAUAACCAGCCAUUGAUGGGUCUUUUCGGUUCCUUCGUCGAACACAUUUCCCGGCCCGGGACGGACGACAAGUACGCUUGUCAGGUCGAGGAGUGCAUCAUCUGGGGGCUAGCAAAGCUACCCCUCUUUACCAAUAGUCGAGGUUGGGCUCUCCCCGCAAACUUUAGUUCUGCAAAGCACCUUCCGGACCUGGAUGAUCCACACGAAGCCCAAGGCCGUCUGCGAGUGUUGGAGGCGCUCCUGUUGGGACCCAACUCCACGUUGACAGAGAAUCCGCUUUGUAAUCCUAUAGUGUUCGGUGGCCUCAAAGGCCCACGGCGUAAUGAGCUUGAGUUCUGGUGGCAUCUGGCAGAGCUGGCCGUUAAGGGGCCCAAAUCUGACCUCCAGAACUUGCGACGCCUACUGGACGGUCAGGAGAACCGUGACUUCCUGUAUAGCCUCGUUGUGGUUCGCGAAUAUUCGCAUCAUUGGAAUCCGGUCAAUAUCGAGCAAGAGUUGCCGCUGCAGUUGAGUGAGGCAGAUCCACGUUGCAGGCUUGCGGUAGCGACCAAGUUUAUUCGCCACAUCAUGGAAUCGGGAACCACGAACGUGAUAAGGCGGUUUGCUCAGCUUGCGUGGCGGGCGUAUAUCCUACCAGGAGCCAAUACGACACACGCGCCCUGGCGAGCUAUUAUGUCUAAGUGA